CAAGUAACGAUAAUUACAAGGCAAACUAGGGUCAAACCCAUCUCAACCCAUCCACCUAGUGAUCCAUCGGAUUUUCACGGAAAACCCUAAAAUCAAACGCGAUUUGUAAUCGUUUGCCACACCUCAAAACAUUCUCCUUUUUUCUUCUAAAUCUUCUCCAAAAUAUCUGCUCCUAUUUCGUCAUCUCUUGUCGCGAAACUCAGACAGCUAAAGACGCUUAUUCGGAGCAAACUAACCACUUUAACCACAACCAUCGAGAGUUGUAGGAAGUGAAAAUGGCGAAGAUACGAUGGACUAGGAAGAAGAGAACGAAACAACUGAAGGACAUAACUUCUCCAGUAAAAGAAGUUCCAGAGGUUGAGGUUGAGAUUCCGAAGUCAAUUGAGAAAGAGAACGAGGACGAGGCGAACUCUGCUGAAGAUGAGGCGAAGGAGAACGAAGACGAGGUGAAGGAGAACGAGGUGAACUCUGAUGCAGAUGAGGAGAACGAGAACAAGGUGAACCCUGUUGAAAAUGAAGAGAACGAGCAGGAGGCGAACUCGGUUGAUAAUGAAGUAGUAGAAAAUGAAGACGACGCAGUAGAAGAGGAAGAGAGCUCAAAGGAAGAAGAGGCAAAUGUGGAUGAAAAUGAAGUAGAAGAGAAUGAGGAGAACUCAGGAGAAGAGGAAGAGGAGACGAAUUCAGGUGAACAUGAAGUAGAAGAAGAAGAACAUGAAAACAUCAACUCUGAGAAUAAUCCUCCUGUUGAAGAUGUGUAGACCAAUGAAGAAGGAGAAAGAGAAGAAGGAAGUACCGGUCGAACUUCAAACGAGGAAAGUGAUUCCGUCGAUGUGGCGCUAAAACCAUUGGGCAUGUACUUCCCACCGUCUGAGUAUAGGAAGAAGAUCAAGAUAUCUACUAGGUGUUUUAUUACUGAUGUAAUGGAUACCCUAAAAGAACUAGACCCUCCGAUGACUACGGCGGAGAAGAGUUGG